AUCAUCUUCUCUAUAAUAUCUACUCUCCCCAUAUUUAACCUUCUUCUACACACACACACACACACACACACGCACGCAACCACAUCUAUGUGUAUGUACAUGUGAACUAGUACUAAGAUCAAUAUCGUUAUAAAUGAAUCUACCACCGGGAUUCAGGUUUUUUCCAACGGAUGAAGAGCUCGUCGUCCACUUCCUCCACCGCAAAGCUUCACUCUUGCCUUGUCAUCCUGACGUCAUCCCAGACCUUGAUCUUUACCCUUACGAUCCUUGGGACCUUCCCGGGAAAGCACUGCAAGAAGGGAGGCAAUGGUACUUCUAUAGUAGAAAGACACAAGAAAGAGUGACAAGCAAUGGAUAUUGGGGAUCAAUGGGAAUAGACGAGCCAAUCUUCACAAGCUCCACACACAAGAAAGUGGGCAUAAAAAACUAUCUAACGUUCUAUCUCGGAGAUUCUCAGACUAACUGGGUCAUGCAAGAAUAUUCCCUUCCAGAUUCCUCUAGUCGAUCUUCUAAGAGAUCAAACCAUGGUUCUACUAGUUCUACACAUAAACCCGAUUAUAGCAAGUGGGUGAUAUGCAGAGUGUAUGAACAAAACUGCAGCGAUGAAGAAGAUGAUGAUGGGGCAGAACUCUCAUGUUUGGAUGAAGUGUUCUUGUCUUUAGAUGAUCUCGACGAAGUAAGCUUACCGUAAUAAAGAUAAAAGCACCCAAAAAGAAAAGGUUUAGUGGGAAAUUAUUUCUAUAAUCUCUGUACCGUAGAAGGAAAAGGAGAAUGACAUCAUUCUUACAAGUUAUAUGUUGUACGAUAACCAUCUCCAAUUUGCAAGCAAACAGAAGCAAAAAAAAAGAAGCUCUAGUCUUGUUGUAUUUUUUACAUUUAAAUAUAUAUUUUAAUACUGAA